AUGGCCGCCCCUCCCCACCUCCGCCUCCUCACGGCGUCGCUCCUAAUACUAACCUUCGCGUGUACCACACUCUCCAUAGAGCUCUGCCCUCCCUGCGGCAACACCACCGUCCCCUACCCCCUCUCCACCUCCCCCACCUGCGGCGACCAGUCCUACAAGAUCCGCUGCGACAACCUCACCAACUCCCUCCUCUUCGACACCCUCAACAACUCCUACCCCAUCUCCUCCAUCUCCCCCUCCUCCCAACGACUCGUCGUACGCCCCUCCGCCUUCCUCUCCCCCUCCUCCUGCGUCACCGCUGACAUCACCCACCAGGGCAUCCAGCUCAACGAGUCCCUCCCCUUCAACGUCACCAGUAGCAACACCAUCCUCUACCUCAACUGCUCCGACUCCAUCCUCCGGUCGCCGUUGAACUGCAGUUCCUCCAGCUUAUGCCAUACUUACGUCAACGACACUAGUAAUGCUGCAGCCGGGUCGUGUAGAGAGGCUCCGAUUUGCUGUGAUUUUAGGGCGGGAGGGUCGUCCACGUCGUAUAUGAUCCGGGUCAGAGACUCGGGUUGUAGUGCCUAUACUAGCUUUGUGAACUUGGACAGGGUUUUACCGGUGGGGCUGUGGCCGGAGCCGGGUGUGGAGUUAGAGUGGGUGGCGCCGAGGGAGCCGGUGUGCGGUGCGCAGUCGGAUUGUGAGGGGAAGUCGGUGUGUGGAUCCGACCCGGUUCAGAAUGGGGUAAAGAGAUGUUUCUGUAAUUCCGGGUUUUCGUGGGACCCGAUUUCAGGGUUUUGCGUUGAUGAUAGUAUUGAUUCAAAGGACAAGACCGGACUAAUAGCAGGUUUAACUUCUGGCAUUGGCGCAUCACUACUUGCAGCCACCGUUGCCAUUCUACUUUACAGGCGCCACAGGCGCAUCAAAGAAGCACAAGACCGCUUGACAAGAGAGCGCGAAGCAAUCCUAAAUGCCAAUGGAGGUAGAGCAGCGAAAGUUUUCACCGGAAAAGAGAUCAAGAAGGCAACAAGUAACUUCUCCAGAGACCUCCUCUUAGGUGCUGGUGGAUAUGGUGAAGUCUACAAAGGAACACUCGAAGAUGGCACUGUUGUGGCUGUGAAGAUCGCCAAGCUUGGAAACACCAAAGGCACUGAUCAAGUCCUAAAUGAGGUCCGAAUUCUGUGCCAAGUUAACCACAGGAGUCUUGUUCACUUGCUAGGGUGCUGUGUGGAGUUAGAGCAGCCUAUUAUGGUGUACGAGUACAUUGAGAAUGGAACUCUACUGGAACAUUUGCAAGUUCGGAAAGGAGUUGGUCAAUCACUUCUUUCAUGGACUCAGCGUCUCCAAAUUGCUCAUGACACGGCGGAGGGUCUUGCUUACCUCCACUUCUCCGCAUGCGCUUUGCCCCCAUUUUUAGUAGUGGUCCCUCCAAUUUAUCACCGUGACGUCAAGUCUAGUAACAUUCUACUUGAUUACAAGUUAAAUGCCAAGGUUGCUGAUUUUGGCUUAUCAAGGUUGGCUCAUACUGAUAUGAGUCACAUCUCAACAUGCGCUCAGGGAACUCUCGGGUACCUUGAUCCUGAAUAUUACAGAAACUAUCAACUGACAGACAAGAGUGAUGUCUAUAGCUUUGGUGUUGUGCUGUUGGAGCUGAUGUCCUCUCAGAAAGCUAUAGACUUCAACAGGGAUGCCGAGGAUGUGAACCUUGCAGUUUAUGUGCAGAGGCUGAUGGCGGAAGAGAAGCUUAUGGAUGCGAUUGAUCCAAUGCUGAAAGAAGGAGCAACAGCAUUGGAGAUGGACACCAUGAAGGCACUAGGGUUCUUGGCAUUGGGUUGUUUAGAGGAACGCAGACAGAAUAGACCUUCGAUGAAAGAAGUCGUAGAGGAGAUCGAGUACAUUACAAGCAUUGCCACAGCAAAGGUUGUCGACGACUAGUUCAUAUUGCUAGCUCGUGUUGCACUAGGAUUCGCAGUUUUGUUCUAGGUAUAUGUCUGCCUAGCUAGUAUGCAUGCAUGGUUGUUUUAUAUAACAGAUAUGUAUUUGUACAUAAAGAGUGGUAUGCCUGGUUUUGUAUGUAGUAGUAGAACAAGUUCAGCUUGGAGAUUGCAAACCAAAUAAAGACUUGAAAAUUGGGAUGGUGAUUUCAGUUUUCGGUCACAAGCAGUAAAGAUUGCAACUCUUUGCAAUGAUUAUC